AUGGAAAUAAGCCUUGUGCUGAUCGUUCUUGUGCUGUGCUCCAGUGCUGCUACCCUCGUUACUUGUAGUAGCGGAGGGUUCCGCAUGGAGCUCAACCAUGUUGACGCCAAGAGGAGCUACACCGUGGCGGAGCGCGUGCAGCGCGCCAUGGCCAGCAGCCGGCAGCGGCUGGCGUCCUUUGCCGACGUGAGCGCGCCGGUCCACUGGAACACCAGCCAGUACAUCGCCGAGUACAUGAUCGGCAGCCCACCGCAGCGCGCCGAGGCGCUCAUCGACACCGGCAGCGACCUCAUCUGGACGCAGUGCUCCACCUGCAGCCAGUGCGUGAAGCAGGGCCUGCCCCAUUAUAACGCGUCCAAGUCGAACACUUUCCAUCCCGUGUCAUGCCACGACGCCUUGUGCGAGGCCACCCAGGAGCACUCGUGCCGCCGGGACGGCAGCUGCGCUUUCGGGGCCUUCUACGGCGCCGGCGACGCCAGAGGGUCCAUCGGCACCGAGGUCUUCACCUUCCAAAAUGGUUCCGGGAGGCUCACGUUCGGCUGCGUCGACUCGCUGAUGAUCAGUCCGGGAUCCCUCGACGGGGCGUCCGGCCUCAUAGGGCUUGGCCGCGGCCCCCUGUCGUUGGUCUCUCAGACGGGCGCAAAAAAGUUCUCGUACUGCCACACCCCUUACCUCCGCAGCAACGCUACCGCCGGUGCCAGCAGCCACCUUUUCGUCGGCGACUCGGCGAGCCUUAGCGGCGGCAGCCCUGUCAAGUCCAUGUCUUUCGUGCAGGGCCCCAAAGAGUACCCAUUCUACUACGUCCCGCUCGUCGGGAUAAGUGUGGGACAAACAAGGCUGUCCAUCCCACCGACGGUGUUCGCUCUGAAAGAAAACGGCACCGGCGGCGGUGUCAUCGUCGACUCCGGCACCCCCACUACGGCACUGGCCCAAGGGGCUUACGGGCCCCUGACCGAGGAGCUCCGGAGGCAGCUUAACGGGAGCCUCGUGCCGCCGCCCGCUGACAGUGGGAUGGAGCUGUGUGUGGCGGUGGCGAAGGAAAAGACAGUGCCGUCCAUGGUGUUCCACUUCAGUGGCGGAGCGGACAUGGUGCUGCCGCCGGAGAACUACUGGGCGCCGCUGGACGAUUCCACGUCAUGCAUGGUGAUGCAUACAAUCAACAGCAUGAGCAUAAUCGGCAACUUCCAGUUGCAGAACAAGCACCUGCUCUACGACCUUGCCAAGGACGAGCUCUCCUUCCAAACGGCCGACUGCAGCUCGCUGUGA